CUGACUCCGUGCGCACGCGCCGCUGUAUCAUUAUUUCAUUAAACCAUCGCAUCAUUAAUUCCGUAUCAUUAACCCAUUAUAAUGAUUCGAGAUAGCUCCGCGUAAUUCUCGUGUAAAACGGUUGAUUAAUAGUUUUCUUGUGGAUUGCUUUUUUAAAUUGAACCAUGUCGGUGAUAAAGGCGUUUCCCCUGGAGAAGGAGUUCGAGAAGAACCCUGACAUCAGCAGGGAGGACCUGGCCAAGCUGAGGGCCUGGCUGAAGACGCAGCCUCACCUGCCAGGGGAAUACUUAACAGACCUGGACCUGUUGCUGGUGUUCCACUGCUGCGAGCGCAGCGCAGAAGUGGCCAAGCAGGUGCUGGACCUGCACUACACGCUGCGCACGCUGUUCACCGCCUUCUUCAAGGACCGCGUCAUCGAUCGGAAGGUCGACCUGUGUUUGAACACUAUUCUCUACGCGCCAAUCCCCACGCCCACCAAAGAGGGUCACCGCUGCGUCUACCUUCGUCUCUUGGAUCCGGACGCUCGCCUCUUCUUCUUCCCCGACGUGGUUAAAACCUUCAUGAUGGUGUUCGACCUCUGGCAACACGAGGAGGGGACCUGGCCAGGGUUCGUAAUCAUGAUCGACAUGGACCAAGCUACCCUGGGCCACAUAGCGAGGCUAGAAAUCAUGACCAUACGGCAGGUGCUCUAUUUCUUACAGGAAUGCAUGUUAAUGCGCCUCAAAGGCGUGCACUUCCUCAACGCGCCGCACUUCAUGGACAAGCUGAUGAUGCUGCUGAAGCCGUUCCUCAAGAAGGAGCUGCUGGAGAUGAUUCGUAUCCACCAGGUCGGCGCCGACACGCCCUACGAGCACCUGCCCAAGGAGGCCUUCCCUAAGGACGAGGGCGGGCAGUAUAAGGACCAUGCUACUAUCAGAGAUGAGCUGAUUCAGCGCUUAAAAUCCAACCCCGACUUCUUUAAGGACGAGAGCAAGAAACGCGUCAACGAGAACCUUCGGCCAGGGAAGAAGACCACCGUCGAAGACUUAUUUGGGAUCCAAGGCAGCUUCAAGAAGCUCGAUAUAGACUGAUCGUGCUUGUUAGAUAACAGUGCCAGUUUUGAUGUCUACCUACUUCAUCAUCAUCAGCUAGUCCAGG